UUGCAAGUUGUAUUGCAAUUUGCAAGGUGUCACAGUCGCGUCAUAGUUCUGUUGAACCUUUCGUUUCCUUUUGCUCUUCAAUUAUUGUAUUUUUUUUUUAAAUCACGUGUUAACACAACAUUCUAGUCAUAUAAGUAUUACCGAAUGUGUUCAAGCGUUUUACAUCUUAAGUGAAUUUCAUCUGUAAAAAAGUACCAAAAUGAGCGGCUGGCGGACAAAAGCAGACCUGCUGAAGGACCUCAACGAAGUGAACGGGCGCCGGACGGGGAUUGAGCACCUGGACCAGCAUGUGGUGUCCGGGGAGCGGCCUCCGCCUAUCUGCCAUGAAAUACCCGAUGAGAAUGAGAUGGACUACUUCUUCAGAGGCCACGGAGCGUCCGGAGACGAUGGCACGGGCCCCGACCUGGCCGGCAUCUCGACCAUGCUCAAAUUGGUCAGUGAUUUGGAUGAAACAAAAGAUAAUAACGAUCCAAUUACUCUAUUCCGAAAUAGAGCAACAGACGAAAUAAGAAUAAGUAAGCUAAACCCUAACGCCGGAGAGUAUAUUCCUGGCAGUGGCUUCACCAAAAAUAUAAAUAUUCCAAAGUAUUCUCCAAAGAAAAAUAAUAAUAUUCAUGGAUCUAAAACUAAUAAACGGACCGGUAAUGAAAACAUAGCUCCAUCUUAUUCAAAUCUCAACGAAACAAAACAGAAUGGACUCCCAAAUUUUAAUAAUAACAUGUUUAAGAGCAAAAGUGUUAAAAAUUCACAUGAAGACAAAAUCAAUGCAACUACUUGCGAAACAAAACAUGAAUUAUCAACAUUCAAUAAUAUAAAUAUGUUUAAAAGUAAAAGUGUAAAAGAUGUACCAAAAAUUGAAUGCAUAGAAUCAAAUACAAAGAAUGUGCAACCUGAAUUAAAAACUAGAAAGAAUGAACAAGUAAAUACAAACGGAAAUUUACUUGUAAACGGGCUUCCAAAGAGGCAAAUAGAAAAACCUAAAGCAGAUGAAAUGAAAGAGCUACAAGAGAAAGUAAAAUCCACAAUUAUAGCAUCAUCGGUUGAUAAUUCAUUGCAAACAAAAAGACAAAAAAACGUCGCUAUAGCAACUUUGCUUAAACUCGGUGUCGUACCUGAUGAAAAGCCAGUAAAAUUAAUAAAGCCUGAUUAUUUCGAGAAACCUCCAACGAACGAAGAACAAAUUGAGAAUAAAGUUAGUGAUUUAAAGGAAAUGCCUUCGACGUCAAGCAGUGAAACCAAUGUUAAUUAUGUUGAUCCGGAUUCAAUAUCGAAAGUGAAUGGGUGGUUUAACAGCAUGGAGUGUCCGAAGCCAAAGCCGCAGUUGCAGGAGCCGUUAGUGCUGAAGGAUUGUAUCACAUUUAAAAAGAAGACGGCUUCGAGCGUCACAUCUCGCAACACAUCAACAAGUACCACAGAACCCACCAAAGACCGUGAAGCCAAGUCCUUCAAACCGUCCGACCACGCCACCGAACUUUUGAAAAAGUAUGAGACCAACGCGCAACAACAGAAGUUUUUGAACGAAGACUUAGGGACCCGGCUUGAAAGGCAGCUGAGGGAACGGGAUGAAGUCGUGAGACAGAAGAUGCUGGCUAGACAGAACGCUGGAUAAUAAUUAGGUACGAAGUGAGUGAAUUUCUCGCAAUAUAACGAUGAAAUCGAUAAAUAUGGAUUAUUAUCAGUGAUACAAAUAUUAGCAUUAUUUUAUUUUAAUAUUUUAACACUAAAUACUUUUGUAUUUGAUAUUUUGAAAUUUGUAUCUAAUUAUGAUUAUAUUUUAAAUACAUUAUUUUACUAAGGGCCUGUUUCACGAUUUCCAUGUAUUGGCUAGCUAAUUAACAAAUAAAUCAACUGCCAGACAAAAAUUCCUGCAAAUCUUUGCAUCUGCCAGUUAAGCCUAUUUGAAGAUUGUGAAACGCCAACGAUUACUUUAUUCGUCAGAUAAGUGGCAAGUAUAAUAUUUUUCUCAUAGCUUGGCUUCGGUGACAGCUGUCAUCUCAAUACAAUUUCUAACCUUAAAAUGCCAAAUUGGAUUGAGAUGACAGCUGUCACCGAACGCAAGCUAUGUGAAAAAUAUAGCUUAUUUAGGACUUUACUUGGACAUUGUGAGAGGCCCUUAAACUUACAAUGUAAUAAUUCCUGAAUAGUAUGGUAAGGUAAGAUACGUUUUUGUAUUUUUUAUUAUUGAACUAUUAUUAAUACGAAGUACAUAUAGUUUAAAUGUGAUUGCUACAUACAUCAUGAAUGAAACACGUGUGUCUUAAGAGGCUGUCAACACCCAAUGUCCUUGAAAUUGAUGUUACUUAAACAGUUUUUUAAGAAAGACUAUUUGUUUUAGUCAAGUAAGAAAAAUAUAUGUUCAUAUUAAUUAUAUUUCAAAGACCGUGGUCGUACUCGAUACACGAUUGAACGAAAUCGGCUCGAUAGAAAAUAAUUGCAAAGAUUGGUCUUAAAAUCAGUAAAAUCACAAUUAAACGGUUUUAUGUCUUUAUUGUUUUGACUUAUGGGUCUGCGAUUAAAAUCACAAUUUCAAAACAUUUAUAUCUAAACCGUGGUCGAGUUAAAUAUUACACUAAUAAUCCACUUUUUUUUAUUUAAAUAUUUUUCUUAUUAUUCCCUUGCCCAGGCCCAGUAACAUGCGACAGUGCUAUCUCAUUUACUCCAAUACAAAUAGACAGUGUGCGCGCUUUAGGUAUUGACAGCCUCUUAAUGCCUAGCUAUAGUUUGGCCCAGGACUGUCUCAUUUCAAACAUAGACAGAGAGAAUCAUACUGCCCUUGUCUUACACUUGUAUUAGCACCCAAAAGAAAGGGAUGAGUAUAGUUUUCCUAGUUCUUACUGAUUGACAAGUUCUGUUUGCUGGAACAUAUUAUUUGUCUUUGUCACUACUGACAGUUUCUGGUCAUCUGCCCAUCAUGGUAUCUUGUAGCUUUGUAAGUCGAGUCCUAAAAUAUCGACACGGGAAAUUGCCAAAAAUAUGUGUACGGUCAGUAUUGAUAUUUUAAAUCGUGGCGACCCACAAUAUUUAUGAUUUUUGACUUA